AUGAUUGAGUAUAACACUCUAUCUGAGUAUUUAUUCCUUCUAAGGGGCGUGGCUGAAUCUCUUGCACCCCAUGGCCCCUCUAUCAUGUUGUAUUUGGCAGCUGCAGUUUCUGACUUUUAUGUUCCAUCCCAGGAUAUGGUAAGUUUGAAAAAUUAUACUCAACAUCUCCAGUUAAAUUCCGUUAUUUAGAGACUUUAGUAUACGACGGUGACAAUGGCGGUGGGGAUGCCAAAAAAGCAAUAGGGCCAACAAGCAAAACAACAACUUCGCACAUGCUGAACACUUUCUUGUACACUUGUUUGCCGUUCCUGCAGACCACAAUGUGAAAUCUGCGUAUGCAAUGACUUAUGUAGGAUGUAAACAGAUGACAACAAAUUUUUCUUUCUCUUUUUGAACUUGGGUGCAGUCCCUAAGAAUUCAACUGCAGGAAAAUUUACUUAAAUUUAACAUUUUAAGCCAGUUGGAAUAAACCCUUGGGACAAAGUUUGAAAAAAUUUGAAUUUAUUUUAAUAGUAAACUAUAGUGAUGUUUUCACCACUGUCACUGUCAUCGAUGCUUAAGGUCCCUAUUGUGGACCCCAGGAGCCUACAGUUUACUGUCCUUCACUCCUUGUCAGUCUUGCAAUCAUGAAGCAGUGCUGUUACUAGGUUUAUGCUACAACAAGAGAAAUUUCUGAAAUUUGAUUUGUUUAGAGCAGUUGUAUUUCAGCUUAAUUUGAAAUACCUACAUGUGAAAAUUACAAACCUUUUGCGGGUAGUAGUAUAAACAAAUAAUAGCAUGAUUUGUAUGUGAUAUUUUGAAAUUGUCUCAAACUUCACUCGCCUAACGGCUCAUGAAAUUACGCAUAACAAUAAUUUUGAAAUAUCACUCGUGGUAUUUAUGCCAAAUAUCACUACAACUCAUACUAAUCUGCUGGAUAUAUAACAAUUAUUCACUGAAGUGGAGGUGGCUAGUAUUGGAUAUUUACCGAGGCUGCGAAGUGGCGAGGUAAAUAUCCACUACUAGCCACCGACACUGAGGUGAAUAAUUGUUUUAGUAUAUACUAAAACAGUGAGAUAAUUGAGCACAAAAUGAUGAUUUUUAACUCAUUUACUGUUACCAACGAUUACAAUUUUGGUGCGCGAGGACCGAAUGACCACGGUUGUCGCUUUUUCUUAGCGACAAAUAAAACUUUUGAAGGCGUUUGUUUAGCUCUUGCGGGGAAGUUUCUUCAAAAGGAGUUGUGAAUUCUGUUUGUAUUUAAAAUAAUUCUGUAAAAAAGAUUAUUAAAUUCAGUUUUAAGCUUAUUUAUGAACAAGUCCACUAAAUAAAGUAACGGAAGACUUGAGCUUAAUUUGCAUUUGUAAACAAAAAACUUUUUCACCGGUUUUAUCGAUAACUAUUCAAGUCAAAAAGACAAAGCUUUACCUGUUAAAACUUCCAAACCGAACUUCGUCACCUUCUUCAUGUAUUUUGGAAAUAGCUUGCUUGAUUAGUUGUGAAAUUUCUUAGUUUGUUACGGCAGCAAACCGGGAAAGCAUUUUGCUCGCAACCUAUGCGAGUUUGGCGUCACUCGCUCGGAGGAACUGGAGGUGAAUCAGUAAAUAGUGCAGGAUAUUCACUGAUUGAGUAGCCAAUCAGAGUGCCCGAAAAACACUAUCCACUGUUUUAGUAUAUACUAAAUGCAAUUAGUGGGCAGGGAAUUGAACAGUAAGGAAGUUCUUCUAGUUCUAUUUCCCUUUUUUUCCCUUUGAAACUAGCCUGGGGUCAUGCUCGUAGUAGCCAGGGCAAAUCCCUGGUCACCAGCAUUAGUCACAUCCUUGUUGAAGAGUAAAAUUAAUAGUAUUCUUUAAAAACAUUUGCAUCGAGGAGUGGCAUAUGUGUAGACAUUUACACCAGCAUUGGUUGAUUUAAAGCAUUGUUGGCAGUAUUAAAGGAGGAAACUGUUCCCUCAGCAGUCCAUUGUCAUAGGGAUCGGUACUAAGUUGUCUGAUUGUUGGCAUCCAUGCUUCAGGAAUCUCAAUUCCACUAUCCCUGUAGAUAUUGCUAGGGUGGAGUCUUAAGUCAUGUCAUCAUGAAUAGCCUAUGUUGAGGGUCUUGGUCAAUACACAUACUACUUUUAUUUAGUAGUUAUGAAUAUUUUUUAUUAUUAUGGGCAAAACCGACACAGCUCAUCUCAAUAUUCAGAGCAAGUUAACUCCCUCUUCAACAGACACUGAUCCCAGCAUUUUCCAUUUAUCACGAACUAAAAUAAAAAUGCUGAAAGCAUGAUAUCAGAUGUUUCCCAGGAGGUGACUAAACUUGUUUUCACUGGUCAUUGCGUUAAUUUUUGUCAAUCAGUGUGUAAAUUGUCAGAGCUCGAAAAAGGUCUUGUCUGUUAGUCUAGGACAAGUAGAUUUUCUACCUGGGCAUGUUACUUUUAAAGAUUACUUGCCCAACUGGCAAGGGCCCAGGCAAAUCAUCCAGGGUGGGGUCUGGGGGAGAGUGGAAUAACAGUCUCUGAUCUUGAAACUUUUUGGUUAUGCAUUAGUAUUAUUUCUUCACAACUUUUAGUUGGUUGUUUCCUUAAGGUGUUCACCUUUGUGCUUAAAAAUACUCGGAGGUUACGUGACAUGAUUUUCUUGAAUGUUUUUUUUUCAUUAAAGCCAGAGCAUAAGAUACAGUCUGCUGAUGGCCCACUCCAGCUUCACUUGGUGCAAGCUCCAAAAAUGAUGGCUCCUCUGGUUAAAGAAUGGAUUCCACAAGCAUUCACCGUAUCAUUCAAGGUACAUUAAAGCUUUAAAGCUUUCCUUACUAUUCUGUUUAUCUUCAUUGUUACACUACCCUGAGAAAACAGCUGAUAUUUUACGAUGUCACCACCAGUUUCCAGGCUGCAAAAUGACAUCUGAGAAAUGACUACAGAAAUUCCAUACUGAUGAAGUGUCACAACCUGGGUAGUGCUUCUGAUUGGUUAAAAAUUAAUUUUCAUAGAUUUCAUUUUGCUGGGAAAUCAGUGGUUGCAAUGCAAAACAUCAGCUGUUUUUCAGGCAAGCAUUACAUCAGAGUGUACUGGUGAUAUCUUUUCUUCGACCUUCUUGACUGGCAGGUAAAAAACACAGGUCACAACUACAGGUCACUGCGCUAUUGAUAAAUACAUAAUCAUGUAACUGACAUAAGCAGUGUUCCCUUAAUUUAAAACUCUAUUUCAGAUUGUGAUUAGGGCUAGGAGGAGACACUUUCAUUGUUGUUUAUUUACUGUAUGUAGCACGGUGACCUGCACUCUAACCUGCACUUGUGACCUGCGUUUUGAACCUGCUGUUUAUUCCCGAAGGGGGCGGGGGGUACUUUAGGAAUUUCUGGGUGGGGAUGUGCUGCUGGGACCCUGGAACCCUUAACCCAUACCAGAGCUAGUUCAGCUGAAUUUUGCUACCCUAUACUAGAGUAAACUCCCCAAAUCCCCCUAUGCUAGAGUAGCUGUUCCCCUGGUCUAGAUAAAAUCUUCAACCAACUGAUCAGUUUCCUGAAAAAUGAUACCCUAUUCUAGACCCAAACACUCUGAUUUAUAUACCCUAUCCUAGAGUAAACUGCUUGAAAACCAUACCCUUCACAGCGGCACAUACCUAUAUAGCCCAUAUAUGGCAGUAACCCCCCCUCCCCCCCGGGUGUUUAUUAACCCUUGCUAUUCAUUCUCUUUGCAGUUAGAAACAGAUGUGAACAUUAUCUCCAAGAAAGCAAGACGGGCUUUAGCUAAAUACUCACACCAGGUGUGUUAAAAUCUUGUUUGAAUUUAGUGUCUUGUUUCGAAUUUUGUGUCCGUGGCCAUAUAUGGAUCUGUUUUAUUAUUUAUUAGCUGGGAAUUAGAUAAUCUGUGGAUGAUUGGGAACGAGCAUAAAAGUGAAUUUUGACGUACUUUACAUCAUGCAUUUAAGACUUCACAUAGCCUCCAAGACCACCCCAUGUCAAUUUCUGUUUAUCUGGGGUGGGUGGGGUGGGGAGGUUAAUAAUUGAUUUUCUCUUUUUUGGCGGGGAGGUUGGGGGGGGGGGGGGGAAAAAAAGAGAGUUUUGGCAUCUCCUCUUGUGUAAAAGGGGAAAUUUCUCUAGUUAUGAAAUCUAUUCUCAUACCAAAACCAAUUAUUUCAUUGGUUACCAGGUGGUGGUGUCCAACAUCUUACAAACCCGCAAGAAAACUGUAGUGAUAAUCACGCCGACGCAAGAGACAGCCAUAUGGAUGUCAGAUUCGGAGCUGGAGACUGGCAAAGAAAUUGAAGAGAAGAUUGUGAUUGAUCUUAAGAAAAUGCAUCAACAGUUUCUAGCUUCAUCUGUGUUGCAAGGUACUUAAAGCUCUGUGUAUGUUACUUUUCUAAUAAAAAUCACGGUCAUUGUGUGAAGCACUGUAACAUUAAUUUUUUUUGUAACUAAUUGAAGAAGCAAGUAAAUUAAAUGUCAUGAAUGUCAGUUGUUGUCAUUAGUAGCUCUUGCUGUUGCACUCCAACAUGUCCUGCCCUUAACCUGGUCUGCUGACAUAAAACGUGGAGAAGUAAAUGCUAAAAUGUAAGCCUACAUACAUCUGGAAAAAAAUGACAAAUAUUAUUCCUUGAAAGGUGUAAUAUUUGCCAUGAUCUUCUUUCUUUUCUGAAAAAUCAAAAAUUCAAGAUAAGAGAAAAUGCCAAAAAUAAAGCAAGGCAAAACCAACAGACUUUCAGAAUAAUUGAGAAUCUUUUCUCUCAGUUUUUUUAUUUCUUUAUGACUAUAACUUAUUUAUUAAUAUUAUCAUUUUCUUUGUAUUAAUUCUCAUGAGCAUUUGGAACCUCAUGGCUACUAGAUUUAUUAUGUAAACAUUGAGUUAUGUCAUUGGUGUGGGGUUUCUGUUGCUGAGUCGUGGAUGUUCCUCCUCGUGGGGUGUCCCUGGUGAUGGGGAGUGGGGAAGAAUGUCUGUUUUUGCAGGCUUAUUAUAGUGUAGCUGUAAUUAUUAUAGAUUUUAUUUAUACUUGCUCGUAUUUGAACGAGUGUUUUCAGCUCCUUGACGUAACGUGUUAAAAUAAAUGAUUGAUUGAUUGAUUGUGUUACAUUGUAUCAAAAUCUCUAGCAAAAUCACUGUUACAAACACAUACACAGCACAGAUGUGGAAUUUCUCUAACAUUUCCAAAGUUAAAUUUAGCUUGGCGAAAGCAUGUUUACUGCUCUUUUCAAAAACAUGCAAAGUCUCAAGUCCAAAAGCCAACAAACAUUUGUGUUCUUCACUGCCGUCAUUAAUCCUAGUGAACCUCUUAGGAAACGCAGGUUCACUUCGCCGAGUUCAAAAGUUCAUAGUUUGUGAUUUAUGAUUGGUGGAUUUUGCUUUGCUGCUUUGUAAGUUUCUGUGUUUCAAAUUUCUUUGCCCGUUAUCGUAAUUAUGAUUGACAGUAGCAAAAAAUGCAACUGCAUGUAAGCUGUCUUUUAAAAUGCAGAGUUUGCAUGUUAUUGAAAAGUGCAGUUAAUAAGCUGAACUCCACUAACACCCAGCUUAUUAUGUCAAGAUGCCUUAAUGGCAAAAAUUUCCAUGUUAGUGUUCAUUGUUUUGUCAAAUAAGGAACAGCUGAAAUCAUGAACUUGGUUGGCCUGUGCAUGGUUACUACUGUCAUGUGUGUCAUUUUCACCCAAGACAGAGAAUAUCCCCAUACCGUCCCCUACAAAGGGUCAUCUGGCUUGAACAAACCCCAAUCCAUUUAAAAAUGUUUUCAACCCACUUGACUCAGACCCUUUUUAAUGCUGAUUAACUCCACUUCCAUUCCAACACAAAUCCAGGUGUUCUUUUAUUUACUUUGCACUACUGUUUUUACUCUGCUCUCAGAGAAGACUUCAUUUUUUUGCACAUUGCAGAAAAUCUAUUAACCUCCAGAUUAGUUAACCUAUAAUGAUUUUAAAGAAUUUUAAACCACUAUAAAUCCUUUUAAAAUUUAUGGGCUUGAAUUAAAUAAGCCCCCUGAGGAGCUUAAUAGAGGAUUUAUGGUUCAUUCAGCUAGUAUGACCUUCACUAAUGAUUGCUUGUAUUUUGAAAAAAUGGUUCCAAACAACAUAUCAUAUAUAGAUUUAGCCAUGGCUAAAAGCAAAGCUCUCGAUAAUAUUUAUAGUUUGCUCAAACAAAAUAAAAAUAACGAUAAAAUCGUGUGAUGCUAAGUGGUGAGGGCAACGAGAAUGGUGAAAGCACAACAAUAGUUAAUUAGCAAAAAAGCAACGUUGCACAUGCAGCACACUUUUUUUAAACAUUACUUUGCCAUUGUUUUGCACGACUACAAUGAGAAACUUCCAGAAACUUCCUGGUUACACGUUUCAUGGAGAAAAUAAUGUACGUGUUCUUGUUCACUUUUUUUUCACUGCCGCUCAUUUUCACCUUGGUGGCCCGUAGCAUUUCUCAUUUUCUCACCACUGUUACAAAAUUUUCAUGUUGUUCUACCAACAAAAAAUGUAUCCUUUUUUUUUCUCUUGCUCUAGUUCUCUGUCGCUCUCAGUUUUCUCAUUAAGCUUCGCUGGCCGGUCGCCUAUUUUCUCUUUUUCUCUUUAUUGACUCUUUAGUUGUCUCUGCUUCACAAUACACGGGUGGCUACACGAUUCCCUGCCAAAAUAAGCUCGAGCUGCAUUUGGGUUGCCAUUUCUGUAGACUGUUGACUUAUUUUCCAUUGGUAUGCCUGUGGUAUGGACGGACAGUCACUCGGUUGGGCAAUAUACGGUCACCCGAUUACCAAAUUUUCUAGGAUGGAUAGAUUUUCUUAGCUCUGGGGCUCCACUUGCUUGGAGCUCUGCUAUUAAGCCAAUCCUAAAUUUUAGGAAAGGCUUGUUGGGGAGGACAUCAAAGUUGAAAUUUUGCAAAUUAUUUGGGUUUUUGUCACUUCUAAUGAUAAAAAAAAAAAAAAAAACGUAAAAUGUUUUUUUUGCUGUUAAUGUUGAUACAGGUAAUACAAGAUCAGUUAUGUUGACUGAUCAACUUUGUCAAAACAGCAAUCAGAUACCAGCCACAGUUCAGGUAAGUUGAAUUGUCUUAUAUGACAAGGAUGCAAAAUUAUUAAUCAUAACUAUAACAGAAUUCUCAAAUGUGACUGGCUUUCAGCUGUCCUGAUUUCAGCACUAAUAAUAAAGAGGGCAGUAUGAGUCAUGCCUACAUUGUAAGUAACUGGACUGCAAUACGUGUGUUUUAAAAGGUUGAAAAUAUCACUAACUUUGUUGUAGAUACGAUAAAUUGUGAACAGAACUUAUUUGUGUCUUCCCUUUUCGGCUCCAAUCAUACUGCUGAUUAAACAAAUCCGACUCCUGUGUGUUAAUCUCUUGUAUGAUUACAGACCAAAUUAGACUCCGCUGAGUCCUUUUACCAUUAUUAACAGUAAAAAAAAUACUAAUUCAAAGAACAUCAAAAUAAUUUUGUAUCCUUACUCUAGAGGACCAUCUUUGGAUAUCCUUGUCCUCUGUAAACUGCAGCCACUCAUGAUUGUUUUUUAAAGUGAUGGACUCAGUUUUUUUCUCUAUGCAUUGCCACUAACUAUCAGGCAUCCAGGGUAAAUAUUUUGAUGUUUCAUUAUUCCUCGACGCCAUUUCAGUUGUGUAGUCUUGUGUAAUAUUUGACUGUAUACAGGUAUAAAAGCUACAGUAUGUGGUCUGGAAUAUGGAAGUCAUUACUAUGAUUGAAGUUAUGGUUGAAUAUAAUCUCAGAAGAAGAACAUUUCUCUUAACCCCUCUGGACCAUUUUCAGAGCCACUGACACCCCUGACUAGUGUGACUUUUUAGCAUGCCAUCUACUGGGGAAGUACAACCCUCCAAGUUGUGACCAUUUUGGUUGCUAUGGUGCCCAAAAUUUUGGAGUUGGCGACUUGAUUUGUAAAAAGGUCUCCCUAAACCAAAAGAGUUGGUUGCCAAAUGGCGACCAAGCAAAAACUUUAACUUGGAGGGUUGAAGUAGGGAUGAGUAACUCAAUACUGGAAUGAAGAGAAAAUUGUAGAGAAAACUGGAUUACAGUCAGCUGUGUCUAAGAUGGAUACCUCUGGGACUGACAGUAAGGGUGCUUUCCAUAUGAGAACUGGGCAGCCAGACCAGUCAAGUUGUAAAGAGAAUUGCUCUAUUAAUCAUGAGUUUUCAGUCAGAUCAGUCUUAUGUUUUAUAAAUCAUAUGCUCGGCAGCACUGGGUUGUAGGAAAAAUUUGGGUAAAGACCAAUAUUUUAUUUUCCAAUUUUCCAGUAAGGCUGGCCAGUUGUGAAUCUUGGAAAGUGACCUUAGUGUCCCUCUAAAAGAGGUGUCCGCCUUUCAGAGAAACAAAGAAGAGGACUGAUGAGAAAGGAGGCCCAUCCAUCUCUUAGGGCAGUGUCCAUCUUUUAAGAGAUGUCCAUUUAGAAAGCAUUGAAUGUGUCUUGAUAAAUCCACAGGUGGGCCACUUUAUAACAACUCAUAUUCAACCUCUGCCAGUUUCUCAAAGUGGAGAAGGCGUUAUCACAGGGUUCCCACCAUAUACCAUUUCCACCGCUUCUCUUGCCCUGCCACCUACAGCAGCUGUCCCUCAAAUCCAACAAGCAAAAGCAGAGGAGGCACCUUCAUCUCAAGAAAUUGCCCAAGGCACUGCUCCCGAGCUGUCUGAUUUGUCAAAUUCCUCAGCCCAGAUAUUUGGCACUCUUGCAGAUAGCUGUUUGACCGCAGACAUGAAGGCCUUUAUUGAAUCUUUUAGGGCAAGAAGGAUUGCACUGGGAUACACCCAGGAAGAUGUGGGUAAUGAAUUGUCACACACCAACGGACAUUCUUCUUACAGUCAGUCAUUUAUCUCCAGAUUUGAAUCUAAGAAUCUUGGUCUGAAGGCAGCGGAGAAAAUGAAACCUGUUUUGCAAGAAUGGAUUGAACAAAAAGAAGCAGAGUGUGCCAAAGGAUUGCGAAUGUGCAAAAAGCGUAAAAGAAGGACCUCCUUCACUAACGAAACUCUCCAGUUUCUUAUUAAAACUUUUGAACAAAAUUCAAAGCCCACCAGUGCUGAAAUUGUGGACAUUGCUUCAAAAUUAGGUCUGGAACCUGUCACUGUACGAGUAUGGUUUUGUAACCGAAAACAGAUGAUGAAGCGCAUGGUGUCUGGAAAAGGUCGUGCUGUUCACUCACUCAAGGCUGAACUUGAUGCUAAGAAACAGGAAAGUCCAAGCACAGAGGACAGAGAAUCU